GGCGUCACUUCCCGCGCGGCCUCGCUGCCGCUUCUCUCCCUACUUCUGUUAUCUCCUUCUGCCGGGCUGUUUCCAGGGUAACUGGCCGCGCCGGUCGGAGACGCCUGUCACCCGCCUCCCAACGGGGGAAUCAGCCCGCCGGCCCCCCGCCCGGCGUAAGUAGCGCAGCAGCGGUCUGGGACUGCACCCCGCUCUCAGCGACCUCCUCGGCGGAGAGGAGCCCCGCCCGUCUGCCUCUCCCCCGGGAGUAGAGCACCGCCCCACCCGUCCCGAAGCAGAGCAUUGCCCUUCACUCCCAGAGGUGUGGGACUGCCCCUCCCCCCAGGGCAGGAAUCCCCCCCCACCCUCAGGGGCUGCGCCUCUUCCCCUCCACCCGCCCCCCCCCUCAGGUGUUGGGAGCCACAGGAGAUCAAGAGCAACCUUCCCCCUAGGACUGCAUUCCCCACAGCCUAAUUUUGUGGGAUUGAUUGGAGUCAGACAAUGUCCACUCCUCCUCUCGCUGGGGCAGGGAUGCCUCCUGGUGCUUUCUCAGGACCACAGGCUCAAGCAGCCCGGGAAGUGAACACAGCUUCUCUCUGUCGCAUUGGCCAAGAAACUGUGCAGGAUAUUGUAUUUCGGACAAUGGAAAUCUUUCAGCUACUGCGGAAUAUGCAGCUACCAAAUGGUGUUACUUAUCAUACUGGGACGUACCAAGACAGAUUAGCAAAGCUGCAAGAACAUCUCCGUCAGCUAUCAAUACUCUUCAGGAAACUGAGAUUAGUCUAUGACAAAUGCAAUGAAAACUGUGCAGGGCUAGAUCCUGUACCCAUAGAGCAACUUAUUCCAUAUGUUGAAGAGGAUGGAUCCAAGCAUGAUGAUCGAGGUGUUGCCAGCCAGCUUCGUUUUGCUAGUGAGGAAAGAAGGGAAAUCAUGGAAGUAAAUAAGAAACUGAAACAGAAGAAUCAGCAGCUGAAGCAAAUUAUGGAUCAAUUACGGAAUCUCAUUUGGGACAUAAAUGCCAUGUUGGCAAUGAGGAACUGAACUAUGAUACAAUUUAACUAUUUUUUGUAAUUAUGAAAAUAGACUUUCUUUAUUUGUUUGAAAAUACAUAAUUUCUUUUUUCUAAAAAGCCAUUCAUUUUCCCCUCUCCUAAUCCCACUGGUAUACAAAACUCCUUUAAUGCUACUAUGUGGUUUCUUUUGUGAUAUUUAAAUGUGUUGGUUCUGUUUGUGUAAACAAUUCAUCAUGUCAUUUGUAUACACAAUAGAAAGUCAUUUGUGUUUACUACAAUAAGCUUUGUAACCUGUAGUUGGCAUUUGGUUAGCAUUCCAAUUCCGCUGAUUUUUUUUUUUUAAGCUGACUUCAAAACUUGUGUUUUGAAAUACAUUUCUCAAUGUUUAAACAAAUAAAGCUUUUGUUUAAAAUAUA